UCAUCAACCGGUCCGGCCUCAUGCCACAGCAUUCCCUGGUCCGUAGAUCGCCUUCGUGAGUACUUUGCCUGGAUUCAUCUGGAAUUUAAACCUCAGUUGUCGGUUCAAGCGGCCAACUUGUUGCAACAAUACUACGUCUGGCGGAGACGUCACAUUACCGCGGAAUUCACUGCACAACAGUCAACGCUACAGGGACGAAGCACUUUGCGUCUGCUGGAAAGUUUGGUUCGUUUGACAAAAGCUCACGCGCGCCUAAUGGCUCGCCACAAUGCUGGAGAUGAGGUAAGAUUGACAAAACCUACAUAUUGA